AAUGACUAAUGAAUAGUCAUGUUGAAUGACUUACAUCAUCUUGGACUUUCCAAGGAAAAUAUUGCUUUUAGAUAGAGUUAUUCAACAAAGAAAAACUAGAAGGAAAAUUGUUUGUAGACAGAGUUCUUCGACAAAGUCUUCUUUGUUGAAUUUUUUAUCGAGCUAAAUCGUUCAGAUUGCUUUGUCCGCAUGUCAUUGUGGACUAAUAAGUCCUAACGACUUGCGAUAGUCUUGGAAAUCGACUUGGAUAAUUUUGUUGUCCGAUUGUUUCUUGGUUUACCACUGAUUGAUAGGUAUCUUAAUUUUUGGUUUAAGUUGUUCCGGAGACAUUUCUGGGAUCUUUGAGGCUGUUAUCCAUUUCUUGUUGUUGUACACUUGGUACUUCAAAGCAUGAACCUUUAAUUUUUCUCAACUCUUCUUCUCCUGUCUCUCAGUCUCAAUGGGGUGGCUCAUUUGUUAUCUUGUAGUACUGCUCCUAUCUCAUAUCCUUUCAUUUUGUACCUGCCAAGACAAACUACUACCAGGACAGUAUAUCAGUGGUAAUCACACUUUGGUUUCUUCCCUUGGGACCUUUUCAUUAGGCUUCUUCAAACCUGAGAAUUCUACUAAAUACUUCCUUGGUAUAGGAUUCAACACUUUCCCUAGUACUGCAUUAGUUUGGGUUGCUAACAGAGAAUCUCCACUUGAUUCUCCUGGUUUCUUUACGCUCAACAACGAUGGAAACCUUGUGGUGUUGGAUCAGACUAGAAGAAAUCUUGUCUGGUCAACUAAUGCAUCACUAUCUGCUUCUGCAAUAAAUCACACAACUGCAUUACUAGCGGAUAACGGAAACCUUGUUCUGAGCUUUGAGGAACUCACCUUGUGGCAGAGCUUUGAUCAUCCCUCUGAUACUAUGUUGCCUGGCAUCAAGAUUAGCUUGAACAAGAAGACUGGCCAACAAAGGCGCUUCACGUCCUGGGCAGCGCUUGAUGAUCCACGACCGGGUAAGUUCACCUUCGGCCUAGAUCCUAAUGUACCAGUUCAGGGUUUUAUCUGGAAUGAAACCACUCCAUACUUUAGAACUUCUGUGUACGUUGGCAAGGGUACAACAACAGAGUUUCUAGCUGGAACUGCAACUUUCUUUUCAUACAACUCUGAUGAUGAUGAGAUUCAUGGUGUUUACAGCGUCUCGGAUAGCUCAAUGAAAUUCAGGGUCUGGUUGAAUCCCACAGGCACACUUGAAUAUCUGCUGUGGGAGGAUUCCAGUAAAGCUUGGUUGGAUGUGGGGCAUUUACCUUCUGAUAACUGUGACUUUUAUGCUUAUUGUGGUCCAUAUGGUGCCUGUCGUAAAGGUGAGCCCCCAUCACCACCAUGCAAAUGUCUGACUGGUUUUACGGCCAAGUUUCCAGACCAAUGGGCGGUGGGGAAUUGGUCCGGUGGCUGCGUUAGGGAGAAUAUGUGGACUUGUACUAACAACACACGAGGUAACUAUGUAAAGUUUGGAAACGUGAAACUCCCGGAUCACUCUAUUCUGUUAAACAAUAUGAGUAUGAGCCAGUGUGAAUCCGAAUGUCAGCAGAAUUGUUCUUGCACAGCUUUUGCUUAUGUAAAUGCAACAGAUCAAGGCAAUAUUGGAAUAUGUUUGGCAUGGUUUGGCGAAUUGGUGGAUCUAGUAGAGAAUCACAAUAUUGCUGCAAAUGAGAUUCAUAUUCGUAUACAUGGAGAACUAGGCAAAAAUGCUCUUUCUGAUAAUUCCUUGAAGCGAACCCUUGUAAUUGCAUUAAUUUCUGCAGCAGUUGGAUUGCUUAUAAUAACUUUUGGCUAUUUCUUCUUAUGGAAGAAAAGACUGGGGAGGAUAGCAAGAAAAAUGAGUGAGAAUAAAAGUACGGUUAUUGCAGGAGGUGUGAAGAAUGAUGCAGAACUACCACUCUUCAGUUUGAAGAGUAUAUUUGCUGCCACAAACAACUUCUCUGGAGAUAAUAAAGUUGGAGAGGGAGGAUUUGGUCCUGUUUAUAAGGGAAUUUUGCCUGAAAAUCAAGAAGUGGCCAUAAAGAGGCUAUCAAAGAAGUCUGGACAAGGGCAUCAGGAGUUCAUGAAUGAGUUGAAACUUAUUGCCAAACUCCAGCAUACCAACCUUGCAUGUCUCUUGGGUUGUUGUAUGGAAGAAGAUGAACUCAUUCUGAUCUACGAGUACAUGCCUAAUCGUAGUUUGGACAAAAUUUUGUUUGAUCCUUUUGAAAAGACAAAGUUGGACUGGGGUACACGCUUUCGAAUUAUACAAGGUAUUGCUCAAGGAGUCUUAUAUAUCCACAAACACUCUAGACUGAAAAUUAUUCACAGAGAUCUAAAGGCAAGUAAUGUUCUGUUGGAUGGAACAAUGAAUCCGAAAGUGUCUGACUUUGGAAUGGCAAGGAUUUUUGAUAUAAAUCAAAUUGAAGCAAAGACCAACAAGGUUGUUGGGACGUACGGCUAUAUGUCACCUGAAUAUGUACUCUAUGGUCAUGUCUCUGAGAAAUUGGAUGUAUUUAGUUUUGGAGUAUUGUUAUUAGAGAUAGUAAGUGGAAAACAGAAUGCUUCUUUUUAUCAUUGUGAAACUUCGCUAACGAUUGCUCAGUGGGCAUGGGAAUUAUGGAAAGAAGAUAGAGGGGUGGAGGUACCUGACUCAUCUUUAAGGGAUACAUGCCAGAUUCAUGAAGCUUUAAGAUGCAUCCAUGUCGGGCUUUUGUGUGUUCAAGAAGCUCCAGCUGAUCGACCAACGAUGUCAUCAGUGAUUCAUAUGCUCGAGGCUGAUGAAGCUACAUCACUUCCACCCACCAAAGAACCUGCAUUUUCAACAAGUAGGAACACGAGUCCUGUUACUAUCUAUUCCAAAAAUGUAGUCUCUAUUACUUUGCCAGAACCUCGAUAGAGCUUCUGUGAUGUUAGUCAGUAAGAAGGAAAAACAGAAGGUUAAUGCAUUGUAACUAGUACCAUACCGUGCUUAAUUGAGCCUCAUAAUCUGUAUGUCCACAAUUUCUGUU